ACAAACUUUCUACGGGCGACCGCGAACCGAAAACUGAAAUCGAGAGAAAAGGAAAAUGGCUAGCACGGAGGAUUUCUAUCUACGGUACUACGUGGGCCACAAAGGCAAGUUUGGGCACGAGUUUCUCGAGUUCGAGUUCCGCCCGGAUGGUAAGCUGCGAUACGCCAACAACUCCAACUACAAGAACGACACGAUGAUCCGGAAGGAAGCGUACGUGCAUCAAUCGGUGAUGGAGGAGCUGAAGCGCAUCAUUCUCGAUUCGGAAAUCAUGGCUGAAGACGAUUCGCUGUGGCCACCUCCCGAUCGUGUCGGUAGACAGGAACUCGAGAUUGUGAUUGGCGAUGAGCACAUCUCGUUCACGACCUCGAAAACCGGCUCCCUGGUCGACGUAAACCAGUCCAAAGAUCCGGAGGGUUUGCGUGGCUUCUACUACCUCGUGCAGGAUCUCAAGUGUCUGGUGUUUUCACUGAUCGGCUUGCACUUCAAAAUUAAACCCAUAUAA